AUGGCGCCCCUACGCCUGCGCAUCGAUGGCGCAACAUUCCGAGACCCGCACAACCGCGAGAUCUACCUCCAUGGCUUGAAUAUCAGCGGAGACACCAAGUUCCCGCGAUACCCAGAUGGACCUUCUCAUGUCAGAGAAGGCUUCUUCGACGCCGACAACGUAUCCUUCGUCGACCGACCAUUCAGUCUAUCAGAUUCCCAUGCCCACUUCUCAAGAUUGAAGCGAUGGGGCUACAACACUAUACGAUAUAUCUUCACAUGGGAAGCGCUGGAGCAUGAGGGACCAGGCAAAUAUGACGAGAAGUUCAUCGAGCAUACAGUCGCAGUGCUACGGAUCGCGAAAGAGUAUGGCUUUUACGUCUUCAUGGACCCACAUCAGGAUGUCUGGUCGAGGUUUACUGGUGGCUCAGGCGCCCCCAUAUGGACAUUAUAUGCCUGUGGUUUCGACCCGAAGAGAUUUGAUGUGACCCAGGCGGCGCUCGUGCAGAAUACCUGGCCUGAUCCUGCAACAUAUCCAAAAAUGGUAUGGGCGACGAAUUACCAGCGUCUGGUUUGUGGGACCAUGUUUACCUUGUUCUUUGGCGGACGAGACUUCGCGCCGAAAUGUAUCAUCGACGGUGUGAAUAUACAGGAUUACUUGCAAAAUCAUUUCAUAGCAGCGUGCAAGCAUCUGGCGCAAAGGAUACGAGAAGCAGGUGAUCUAGAGAAUGAUGUCGUCAUUGGAUAUGAGAGUGUUAAUGAGCCGAACAAGGGCAUGAUUGGCCACCCUGACCUGGCCAAGCUACCCGAGGACCAGAAGUUGAAGAAGUGGACGACGCCUACUGCGUUCCAAGCUAUGCUGUCAGGAUCAGGACGAGCUGUUGAAGUGGAGACCUACGACUUUGGUAGCUUCGGGCCCUACAAGAGUGGGACAGAGGUCAUUGAUCCGAAGGGCGUAUCUUGUUGGCUAGACCCAGAAACUUGGGAUGAUAGCAAAUAUGGCUGGAAGCGUGCGGGGAGCUGGAAACUUGGACAGGACCUAUGGGCGCAGCACGGUGUCUGGGAUCCAUCUACUGAUCGUCUAUUGCUUCCACAGUAUUUCUCGAAACAUCCGAAAACUGGCGAAACCAUGGAUCAAGAGUACUGGACGAACAACAACUUCUUAGAGUACUUCCGUAAGUACAAGAAUGCUAUUCGAGACGUGUGGCCAGAAGCCAUCCUGCUCAUGCAGCCGGCACCUUUCGAGAUACCGCCCUCAAUAAAAGGCACCAAGGAUGAUGAUCACAAUAUGGUGUUUGCAUCUCACUUCUACGACGGCAUCACCCUCAUCAUGAAGAAGUGGAACAAAGUGUGGAACGUGGAUGUCCUUGGUAUAUUGCGAGGCAGGUACUCAAGUCCAGCAUUUGCAAUCAAGCUCGGUGAGACGGCGAUACGAAAUUGCUUCAAAGACCAGCUCAGCAGCAUACGGCAGGAAGGGAUCGAUUAUAUGGGCGAGCACCCUUGCCUAUAUACUGAGAUUGGCAUACCAUACGACAUGGAUGAUCAGAAAGCCUACCGAACAGGCGACUAUAGCUCGCAGGCUGCUGCGAUUGAUGCGAAUCACUUCGCCGUCGAAGGCAGCAAAGCAGCAGGUCUGACGUGGUGGGUGUACACAGCAACUAACAGCCAUUUCUGGGGCGACAACUGGAAUGGCGAGGAUCUGAGUAUAUACUCUGCGGAGGACAAAGAACUUCCUGCCCCUUCGCAUGGCGGCAACACUGGCGGUGCAGCAGUGACACCAGCGAGUAUGAAACGUACCUUCUCUGUCGACCAGAUGAGCGCCUCAAGGACCGUGUCAAAUUCAGACACUGCAGGCUAUCGAGCAGCAGAAGCAUACAUUCGCCCGCAUCCCGAGCUUGUACAUGGUACCAUAACCUCCCACGGCUUCGACCUCAAGAACUGCACUUUUCAUCUUAACAUCACAGCCACAGGCCCGACGCCACAGGACCACCCUACUGUGAUCUUUAUACCCGAGUUCCAUUUUCCACGGCAGCCGGAGCAUACUACGACCAUAGAAGUCAGUGGUGGGAAGUGGGAGAUCAGGAUUGAAGGUCAAGAUGUUGGCGAAGGUGCUGGACAGCAGGUUCUGAGAUGGUGGCACGGCGAGGGCGAGCAGAAGCUCGUUGUGAAGGGGUUGAAGAGGAAGAGAGGGGCUGUGACGUCCGAGGCUGGCGAGGGCGAGGAGAGUUAUAUGGAGGCUUAUUGGCAGAUGGGGAAGAAUUGUGCUGUUAUGUGA